CAUGUCUUUAAUAGAAUCCAUUUGGGUUAUCUUGAUAUUUAUGUAUCCAUCGGUCUAAUCUCUUAACAGGAGGUACAGUUACAGCAGGAGUAAAGUUUGACUUCACUGAAUGUUACCAAUUAAAACCAAACCCAUUCUCUCUAUCGGACUGGUCCUGAGUCAUAACAGGUGUCUGUUCCCCAGUCAUAACAGAGGUCUGUUCCCCAGUCAUAACAGAGGUCUGUUCCCCAGUCAUAACAGAGGUCUGUUCCCCAGUCAUAACAGAGGUCUGUUCCCCAGUCAUAACAGAGGUCUGUUCCCCAGUCAUAACAGAGGUCUGUUCCCCAGUCAUAACAGAGGUCUGUUCCCCAGUCAUAACAGAGGUCUGUUCCCCAGUCAUGACAGAGGUCUGUUCCCCAGUCAUGACAGAAGUCUGUUCCCCAGUCAUAACAGAGGUCUGUUCCCCAGCCAUAACAGAGGUCUGUUCCCCAGCCAUGACAGAGGUCUGUUCCCCAGUCAUGACAGAGGUCUGUUGUCCAGUCAUGACAGAGGUCUGUUCCCCAGCCAUAACAGAGGUCUGUUCCCCAGUCAUAACAGAGGUCUGUUGUCCAGUCAUGACAGAGGUCUGUUCCCCAGCCAUAACAGGUGUCUGUUCCCCAGUCAUAACAGAGGUCUGUUCCCCAGUCAUAACAGAGGUCUGUUCCCCAGUCAUAACAGAGGUCUGUUCCCCAGUCAUGACAGAGGUCUGUUCCCCAGUCAUAACAGAGGUCUGUUCCCCAGUCAUAACAGAGGUCUGUUCCCCAGUCAUAACAGAGGUCUGUUCCCCAGUCAUGACAGAGGUCUGUUCCCCAGUCAUAACAGAGGUCUGUUGUCCAGUCAUAACAGAGGUCUGUUGUCCAGUCAUAACAGAGGUCUGUUGUCCAGUCAUAACAGAGGUCUGUUGUCCAGUCAUAACAGAGGUCUGUUGUCCAGUCAUAACAGAGGUCUGUUGUCCAGUCAUAACAGAGGUCUGUUGUCCAGUCAUAACAGAGGUCUGUUGUCCAGUCAUAACAGAGGUCUGUUGUCCAGUCAUAACAGAGGUCUGUUGUCCAGUCAUAACAGAGGUCUGUUGUCCAGUCAUAACAGAGGUCUGUUCCCCGUUCCCCUAAAUUCACUGAGCCAUUCAAAAAUGCAUCAUCUUUCUGAAAGAAAACAGAUUGCAAAUACAACAAAUACAACAUAG